UGGGACCCACAUUUGGACCAAUUGACGUCUGCCAACUGUAUAUCGCAUGUGCUGAUAUUUUCAGAAUAAAGCAAAUCUUUGGAUACCGACAUGCUGAUUUGGGAGUUGACCCAAAGGCGUAUACUUCGUCAGGCGUGUCUCCCUCGGCCGGCCGGGAGAUGCAAUGGAGCGAUCCUAAGGGUAAGCAACCACGAGAAAGAGCUGCUUGCCGAGCCCAAAGAAGAGGACACCCUUAAGAGACCUCUCCCCCCUCCUGCAUCCAUGCAUUCCUUCGCCUGCCUCUCUAACCUUCCACCUCCUCACUCUGCUACUGCGUCACUUCCUUCAUAAAAGGAGGAGGAGGAGGAGAAAAGAUGGUCGUCGGGAGAAGGUUCCGCCGGUCAGAAUCCUUCCCGGCUCUCAAGGCCGCCGCUAAAAGCGCUUUCCGCUCCCGAUGCAUCAGUCUCCCCUCCCGCUCCCACCCCUUCGCCGCCCACCUCGCCGACGACCUCCAAUCUCUCCGCUCUUGGCCCCUCUCACCCUCCUCCGCCUCCGAUGCGGUCCACUGGAUCUGUAAUGGCCUUGCCCGCCUCCACCUCCUGCUCGCCAGCCUCUCGGACGUCCUCCAGCUCCCCCAGGCGCAAGAACCCCUCCGGCGAGGCCACCGCCGCUCCCCCGCCCUUGCCGACCGCCUCCUCGAUGACUUCCUUCGCCUCGCCGACGCGCACGGAUCCUUCCGCUCCGCCACCCUCGCCCUCAAGCAAGACCUUGCAGCCGCACAGGUCGCAGUCCGCCGUCGCGACGAGCGGCGCCUCGCGUGCUAUGUCCGCGCCCAGCGCCGCGCUCGGAAGGAGCUGGCCGAGCUCGCGGCGGCCGCUCGGGAAGUCAAGAAGAGGCCGCAGCCCGGUCCCGCCACCUGGGCGGCAGCCAACGCAGAGGAGGCGGAGGUGGCGAGGGUCAUAGGGGAGGUGGUCGUCGUGGCCGCGGAGGCGUCGGCGGCGGUGUUCCUCGGCGUCUCCGAGAUGGCCGCGGCGGCAUCGUCAGCGGCUGCGGCGAUGGCCCCGUCUCGGUUCGCAUGGGCCAACGCGGUUCUCAGGUGGAGGACGAGAGCGACGUCGAAGCCACCGAACAAGAAAGCGUCGCCUGAGGAGAAGAAAGAGGAGGUGGCAGCAGGGGAAGAGGAAGAGGAGGAGGAGAAGUGGAGGAGAACGACGCUGGAGAGGCUUGGGAAAGCGGAGGAAGGCGUCCCGUCUUUGGAGAGCGCCGGCGAGCUGGUCUUCAAGUCGCUGGUCAACGUCAGGGUCACCCUCCUCAACGUUUUGACUCCCGCCCUCUGAGACAUUUCUUUUCGGAGAAAUAUAAGCAGCAAAAAAAAGGGAACGUAAAACAAUAAUAUCCUUGUAAAAAUAAUAUUUGAAAUGAUAAAAAAAAACCUUAUUUUUAGUUUUAUGUAUUGAACCAGCAAAAAUGUCACAUUGAUUGACUUAUAUGUUACGGUGAUGAUGAUGAUGAUGA